UGGUGAUUUAUCAACGUGAUAGCAUUAUGUCCGUAGACCUAGAAGAUCCACUAUAAUUUUUUUACAAAAAAUUUUACCUGCUUGAUUUCUAAAACUGACCAAUACAUUGUAUAAAUUUUAGUAUCCUAAGCUUAAUAAAUAAAGACAUUCAUAAUGUCUCUUGAUUCAAUACCGAAAGAUAUGCGAUCUGCUAGAGCUUGUUUAGUUUGUUCAUUAAUUAAGACUUUUGAUCAAUUUGAAUUUGAUGGUUGUGACAACUGUGAUGAGUUCCUUCGGAUGAAAAAUAACCGAGAUCAUGUGUAUGAUUGUACAAGUUCUAACUUUGAUGGAAUGGUAGCUUUAAUGAGUCCUGACGAUAGUUGGGUGGCUAGAUGGCAAAAAAUUAAUAGAUUUACUAAAGGAAUUUAUGCCAUUUCAGUGGCUGGACGAUUGCCUCCAACUUUUAUUAGAGAAAUGAAAGCCAGAGGGAUUCCAUAUCGCCCUAGAGAUACAGCAUUUAAAUAAUUUCACAAUUAUUGAGAAGUGUAAUUAAAAUAAUUCACAAUGUAAUAAUUUUUAUUUUUAUUUUAAUACUUUGACUAAUUUUACUUGAGCAAAAUACAA